CGGCAGAAGCAGGAGGAAGCAGAGCUAGAAGGAUGCAGUACCCGGGUAAUAGCUGACCGGGGUGGGGGGGAGCUCGGCCAUGGCUUUCCUGUGGGGAGGCCGGCUCCUGGACUGGGCCAGCUCCCCCCCUCAUUUGCAAUUCAACCGCUUCGUGCUAACGGGCUACCGGCCGGUUAGCUCAGGGUCCGGCUGUUUCCGCAGCCUUUUCUACUUGCACAACGAGCUGGGCAACAUCUAUACCCACGGUAUCCCUCUGCUGGGGUUUCUCUUUGUGCUGCCACUGACCAUUCCAUGGGCUCAACUUUCAGAAUCAUGGCUGGGAGUUGUGCACUAUUUGGCUUGCAUUUUUCCACAGAUGGGCAGCGUGCUUUACCAUCUCUUCAUGAAUCAUGAGAGAGGCCCUGCUGUUUACCAUACCUUGCUCACCCUGGGUAUGUGUGGAGUAUGCAUGGUCAAUACUUUGGGUGCUCUACCAAUCAUCUACUGCACGCUGGCCUGCUCCCCACUUCUUCGUUCUAUUGCCCUGCUAGCCUACACAGGCUUGUCAAGCUAUGAGUACAUGGACAUUGCUGAUGUUCACAGCUUCUGA